AUGUCAACACUAUCUGCAGACGACGAGCCGGCAGUGCCCAUCUUUAAAGCUGUAUCCAGUUCUGCUCGACAACUCUUUCAAUUACUCAAUACUAUACGAUUCGCACCCAAAGUCCAAGUCCAAAUUAGUACUCAGGGUAUCCGAUUUGCUGUUGAAGAAUCAAGAGUAAUGCAAGGGAUUGUAUUUCUUGACAAAGCCUUGUUUACCACCUUCAACUGCACACUUCCUGAAUUAGACAACGAAGAGGACCAAGAAGAUGCACCUUCAGAUGAUCUACCUCUCUUUCAAAUAUCUCUUUCUGCCUUGCUCGAAACAUUGCAAAUAUUCGGCGCAGCAGAUGCUUCCACCUCACGGUUCUCCAAGCCCGAAAAUGAUGGCUAUCAUAGCAAUAUUCGUCCCAAUCGACCAAAUGUAUUCAGCAACCAAGCUCUAGGAAUGGCAGGUGUAUGUCGAUUCUCUUACGCCGGCACAGGAUCUCCAUUUAGUAUUAUCCUUGAAGAAGCGGGUGUGACUACGACUUGUAACCUCAAUACUUAUGAGCCCGAAAGCUCGGAAGAGAUACCAUUUCAGCGAGAUGCGAUGCAAGUUAAAAUUAUCAUGCAAGCUCGUUGGCUUUUUGAUGCCAUUCAAGAAUUGAAUUCCACAACUCCAAACCGACUUGAUAUUGUUGCCCUUCCUUCGAAACCUUAUAUCAGCUUGUCGGCUAGUGGACAUCUUGGUAGUGCGAGUGUUGACUUUUCAAAGGGUAGAGAACUAUUGGAGACUUUCACGGUCAAAGAAAGGUGGUCUCAAAGUUAUCGAUUCGAUAUGGUGAAGGCUGCUGGGGAGGCUAUGAGAUUAGCGAGUAAGGUUAGUGUAAGGGGUGAUGAGCAAGGUGUUUUGAGCUUACAAUUCAUGGUUGAGGUUGAUGGCGGUGGUGUUAGCUUUGUUGACUUCAGAUUUGUGCCAUUCAUUCGAGGGGAAGAUGAUGAUGAUGAGGAUAACAGUCAGGAGGAAGAAGAUGAGGAGUUUGAAGAGGAAGGCGAUGACUAG